AUGACUUCAAGAGCUUUCACGUCCACUGUGACUCCUGGGGCCACAAGGCCUUUCGCGCCCACCAUGCCUUCUCCACCCAUGAGAUCCUCAAAGCCCAGCACAUCUCCGGAGUCCACUGGAGCCUCCCUGCCCGCAGCGUCUCCCAAAUCUCAUGCCUCCUUGAAGACUACUAAAUUGGCCACACCCAAGAGCCCCUCGGUGCCCAGCAAGCCAUCAACAGCUCCUAACUCCGUCACAAGCCCAGGCAGUACCAAGUCUACUAAAUGGGCAAGGACAAAGACAACCCCUUCCAAUCGGUCCAGCAGCAAGUCCCAAGUGCGCAGCCGGGCAAGAACACCCAGCAGGGCCAGCACUGACACCAGAGCCAGCAAAGUCAGUAAGGUCAGUGGGGUAAGACACCAGCAGCGCAGAGGCACACGCAGUCGGGGCAGAACUCCUGGCAGGAGGGGGAGCCGCGGCUCCAAGAGGUCACCCAGCAGAGCCAGCACGCCCAGCAAACUGAGAACUCCUGAUGCCAAGCCAGGUGUGCCUAGCAAAGCAAGAACUCCUACUUCCCAAACCAAACAGCGUGGGGGUAAGAGUUACAGUCAGCCUAGAACCAACAACCAAGAAAGGAGUAAGAGCCAGUCUAAAAAUGUGAGCAGGGAGAAGAGUUACAGCCCACCAGGAGCCUCAGGCAUGAAAAAGAGCUCCAGGCUGGCUGCACCCUCUAGUAGAGCAAAGAGUUACAGCCCCACCAGCAUUCCCUUCAAGGAGCAAAGUCACAGUCAGUCUCUGCCAUCACCAGGGCUGAAGAGUUACAGCAAGAUGAGCACCCUCAACAGGGAACAGAGUCAUAGUCCAACUGAUGAGUCCAUCAAGGUCAAGGAUAAUAACCAGGGGAGGGUGCCCAGUAGGACCCGAAGUCACAGCCACUCUAGCACACCAAGCAGGACCCGAAGUCACAGUCAUUCUAGCACCCACAGCAGAACAAGAAGUCACAGUUGGAAGAGAGACAUGGGGGUGAUCAAUUGGAUGAGAAAUUACAGUAGGGCAAGAAGCCGUACCCGUAAGGGAACGCCCAGCCAGAUGAAAAGACGCAGCCAGUCUAGAACCAGCAGCAAGGAGGAAAGUUAUGACCAACCCAGAAUCCCCAGAAGAGAAAGAAGUCACAGUGAGUCUAGAAGCCCCAGUAAAGAGAGAGCUCAUAGGCCAUUUCAAAGCCCUAGUAAAGAGGGGGCUCACAGGCGACCCCAAAGCCCCAGCAAGGAGGAGGCUCACAGGCGAUCCCGAAGCCCCAGUAAGGAGGGGGCUCACAGGCGAUACCGAAGCCCCAGUGAGGAGGGGGCUCACAGGAGAUCCCCAAGCCCCAGCGAGGAGGGGGUUCACAGGCAAUUUCGAAGGCCCAGCGAGGAGGGGGCUCACAGGCAAUCCCGAAGCCCCAGCGAGGAGGGGGCUCACAGGAGAUCCCCAAGCCCCAGCGAGGAGGGGGCUCACUGGCGAUUUCGAAGGCCCAGCGAGGAGGGGGCUCACAGGCGAUAUCGAAGCCCCAGUGAGGAGGGGGCUCAAAGGAGAUCCCCAAGCCCCAGCGAGGAGGGGGCUCACAGGCGAUUUCGAAGGCCCAGCGAGGAGGGGGCUCACAGGCGAUCCCGAAGCCCCAGUGAGGAGGGGGCUCACAGGAAAUCCCCAAGCCCCAGCGAGGAGGGGGCUCACAGGCGGUUUCAAAGGCCCAGCAAGGAGGGGGCUCACAAACAAUUCCGAAGCCCCAGCAAGGAGGGAGCUCACAGGAGAUUCCAAAGCCCCAGCAAGGAGAGGACUCACAGAUCUCGAAGCCAAAGCGAGGAGAGGAGCCCCCACUCCAAGCCCAGAUGGUAA